AUGGCAUCAAAUACAACUGAUCAUACUCAAUCAAUUAUGGAAGCUGAGUCUUCAUCUGACUCUGAUUCAGAUUUUUUCUUGGACCCGGAUUACGUUGCAGCUUCCACUGCAAACGGUUACAAUACAUCAAAUGAUACUAGUUAUAGUAGCAGUGUUACUACCACUACUAUUACUAGUGAAAUCAGCACGCCUAGUCGACCAUAUCCGCCAACUGAACGCCAUGGCCUUGUGGAUGAACACGAUAAACCAUUUCUUGAAUUUGGUGAAUUAGGUGCAAAGGCUAUUGCCUCACUUAAAGAAUUUCGUUUGCCUGCGGAGUACAUUCCAUUUUGCGAAUCUGAUCCAACUAUUCGCGUAUCUCGAAAGAACAAUCGAUUAGGAAGAAACUUACAAGCACGUACUUCAGCAUCUCGAGGUGAAGAAAAUACCUGUCCGCUACGAUUCAGUUGUAUUGAACAUGGACUUUACAAGGGAUCCGAUAAAAAGGGCUUCAAGUUGUGGCCAAAUUCACCAACAACAAAAAAAGGCGCCUGUCUUACGGAUGAUAUUGCGGCAGAAGCUUUCAAAUUAAGCAAGAAAAGCGUUCCUGUUGCAUUAAAAAUGCUCGUUGAGAAAGUACCGCGUGAAAGUUUAACUCGUUUAAGAGGAAAGCCACCUCACCGACCUCAAUGUCUUAUUUUAAUAGGCAAAACAGGUACAAGAAAAACAAGCUUUGCACUUAGUUUACCUGGCAUCCCCAACUAUUAUCGUGGUGUAUGGUCAAUCUUUUACUGGGAUAAUGAUGCAUCAUGUAUGAUUUUUGAUGACAUACCAUGGCGUUCAUUUGACAAAAAAGGGUAUCCAUCGAAAAAGGAUCUAUUAACAGGUCAAUUAGAAGUCAGUGAUAAAUACUGCAAGAAUAGGAAAAUUGUAGUGAAUAAGCCUGCUAUAGUUUUUCUUAAUCACGCCGACGCUCAACCAUUACUCAAUCCGCGUACAAAGGGAGAAAGAGAUGAUUUUGAGUUUUGGCAAGAACGUGCUAUUAUAUGCGUAUUAGUAUACCAUUUAGAACCAAGCGAGCACUUUUACAACCCAAAACCCAAAACUCCUUCACCAGAAAAUAAAAUCCACACUGUGGACGGUAUACCAUUAUUCGAUGAAUUCAGACGUGUGUGGCGUGAGAGACAACAACAACAAACCGUACCGCCCGCACCCGCACCACCACCACCACCACCAACAUCCAUCAUCGUGCAACCACAACCUGAGAACCAGCUUCGCAGACAAAGUGUUUCAUCUGAAGAAUAUCCAUACGAACUUUGA